AUGCAAAUAAAACUGAUAGGUUUCAUCAUAUGUAUGUAUGUUUUAUUAUUUAAAAAUCAUGGUAAAACAGAAUUUAAAAGAAAAACAUAUACUCUUGUAAGAGUAUAUAUAGAAAAGGUUAAAUUACAUAAAAAAAAAAAAUUAUGGUUAAAUAAAUCAAAAAAAUAUUUAUAUUGUUUUAAUAAAGGUACUAGCCACAUAAAAAUAAAAAAUAAAAUCAAAAUGUCAAUAUUAGCAGAAAAUAAUGCAAGGGAAAUGUUCAGUUCAUGUGAAAAUAUAUUUAAAUUUGAAAGUAUAAGCGCUUCUUUAAAUUCUACUUAUUGGGAAAAUAAAAAUGAAGCAACACCUUUUAUACAAGUAGCUCCUAUGAUUAAUGUAACUAAUAGGCAUUUUCGUGCCCUUGUAAGAACUGUUACCAAAAAAGCUCAAUUGUGGACUGAAAUGAUAGUUGAUAAUACUUUAUUAUAUAAUUUAAAUAAUUUAGAAGAGCAUUUGGGUUUCAACUGUAAUGAACAUCCUAUCGUUUGUCAACUGGGAGGAUGUGACACAACUUCUAUGUCCGAAGCAGCUAUUUUAGUUGAACAAGCAGGGUAUGAUGAAAUAAAUAUAAAUGUUGGAUGCCCAAGUACAAAAGUAGCUAACAAAGGAGCAUUUGGUGCUUAUUUAAUGAAAAAACCAGAACAUGUAAGAAACAUUGUUCAUGAAAUUAAAAAAAAAGUUCAAAUUCCUGUAACAGUUAAGAUAAGAACAGGUGUUGAUGAAUAUGACACCUUUUCAUUUUUAAAAUCUUUUAUUGAAACGGUUUCGUCAGCAGGAUGUAAUCAUUUUAUUGUCCAUGCUAGAAAAGCAUGGUUAAAAGGUUUAGACCCAAAAAAGAAUAGAAAAAUACCACCAUUAGAAUAUAAAAAAGUAUAUGAUUUAUGUAAGCUUUAUCCUAAUUUAAAAUUUACCUUAAAUGGAGGUGUAAAGACUAUAGAAGAAGCUAUAGCUUUAUUAAAUGGGUAUAUGCCAUAUAAUAAUGAUUUAAAUCAAAAUAAUUACAUUUUGGUUGAAAAUUAUGGUGUUAAUCCACUAAAUGGUGUUAUGAUAGGUAGAGCAUGUAUGGAAAAUAUUACUAUUUUAUCCCAAACAGAUAAAUUAAUUUAUAAUGAGAAAAUUCCAAAUACAGCAUAUAGUAGAAGAACCGUAUUAGAUGCAUAUAAAUCAUAUUUAGAAGAAAACUCCAUUUUUUAUAAUGUCGCUAGUGCAUUUGAGUUAUUAAAGCCAAUUUUAGGCAUACUAAAAGGCAUGCCUGGUCAUAGACUAUUUAGGAACAAAUUGGACAUAUAUAUAAGAAAUUAUGCAUCUACGCUUAAUUGCUCUGAAAUUUUAGAAAAGGCUAUAGUCGAUGUUGAUCAAAUUGCUCCAGGAUGUUUAGAUUUGCCUUUGAAUGAUUUAAAAAUGCAACAAGAAUACAUAAAAAAUUAUUAA